CGAAAAUCCUCAUGGAGAUGCAUGUGCAUACUUUCAAUCACUUUUAAUCGUUCCACUGACUAACCGUGUGUUAACGUGCUCAGGUGACGGUUUAUAUUCACGCCAGUCGAUAUUUUAAUAAGUAGAGAUGAAGGGGAAAUGGAAGCAGGACAGCAAGAAGAAGAAAAACGCCGUUUUGCAGAAAUACUUGACUGCUGUAGGUGACUUUGUCAAAAGCAAAAGUGGCCCAGAAGAAGCAGAGCACGACCAUGGGCUGAGGUUUGUGAAGAAGAAGAGCAGAAAGGAGUUACGCAAGGAGAAGAGAAAGCUGAAAAAAGCCAAAAUGAAGAGUUAUUACGAGGGCAACAAAACUCUCAGUUUGCCCUCUGUUGGCGGUGAGAACUCAGGUGAGAAACAGCCACAGGUGCCGAAAAAGAAGAAGAAGAAGAAAGUGAAGAAAGCAAGCGAAGAUGCAGAGCAGUGUGUUAGUGCUCCUGUAGAGGAGCCAGUUAAAUCUAAAACACCGAAAUCUUCCAAGAAAGCUAAGAAAGUGAACAAGCUACAAGAGUCAAGAAAAAUGGCUCUUCAGGAAGCAAACGAACAAGAGGACAGAGAAAUAAAGAAACUUGAACGAUGUCUUGGAUUGAACAAAAGGAAAAACAAAAAAAGUCUCCCACAGUCCUUUGUGGCUGACGGACUUGAUUACAUCCUUGGUAUACUUGACUCUGGGUCCUCAGCUGGAGCUGUGUAUGACGAUGAUGAUGACAUGGAUAUGGCCAAAGCCAACUUUGAAAAGCUUGAUGAGAAUGACUCUGAGCUGUCAGAUGAAGAUCUUGGUGAUGGUAUGGCGAGUGAAGUCAGUGAUGAAGACAUGGACUCAUCCGAUAAUGAUGAUGAUGAUGAGGAGGCGGAGGAGGAUGACAUGGUUGACGAGGAGGAAGCAGCAGAGGAGGAAAUGGAGGAUGACCAAGAAGAGAUGGAUGAAAAUGAAGAAGAAGCUGAGGAAGAAACAGAUACUCCUAACACAAAGACACCAGAAUCCAAGCCAGAGACUGUCUCCUCGGCAACUGGAAAGUAUAUUAUGCCUCACUUGCGUAACAGUGGAGAUGACAAACGUAAAGCCGAGCUUGAAAAAUUACAGAGAAAUGUCAAAGGCCUGGUGAACAGGCUGAGCGAGGCCAACUUGGCGUCUAUCAGUGGUCAGUUAGAGGAGCUGUACAUGAGCUGCAGCAGGAAGGAUAUGAACGACACACUGACAGAGGUGCUGCUUGCUGCCUGCGUCAUGCCGACCCUGAUGCCUGACAGACUUCUGAUGGAGCACGUCCUGCUGGUCAGCAUCCUCCAUCACACCGUCGGACUGGAGGUGGGAGCCAAUUUCCUAGAGACAGUCGUGCGAAAGUUUGACGAGUUGUACAAGAGCCCAAGUGAAAGCAAAGAGUGUGACAACCUGGUGGCCAUCAUCGCUCACCUCUACAAUUUCCAGGUGGUGCAUUCUCUCCUCAUCUUCGACAUCCUCAAACUCUUAGUGGCAACGUUUACAGAGAAAGACAUUGAGUUAGUUCUGUUUGUGCUGAAAAAUGUCGGCUUCGCCUUGAGGAAAGACGACGCUCUGGCACUGAAGGAACUCAUCUCUGAAGCCCAGCGCAAGGCCAGCGAUUUGGGGACAAAGUUUCAGGACCAAACCAGGGUGCGGUUCAUGUUGGAAACCAUGUUGGCUUUAAAGAACAAUGAUAUGCGGAAAAUCCCAGGCUAUGACCCCGAGCCAAUGGAGAAACUGAGGAAGUUGCAGAGGACUUUGAUCAGCCGCAGCGCUGGAGGCAGCGACGUGAAACUGCGGGUUUCUCUGGACAACCUCCUGGUCGCGGAGCAAGUCGGCCGCUGGUGGAUCGUCGGCUCCUCGUGGAGCGGAGCGCCCAUGAUCGGCGAACCAGGGAACACAACCACAAAACAGAACACUGCUGAGGGACAGUUUAGUGGCAAAGUUUUAGAGCUAGCGAGGAAACAGCGGAUGAACACGGAAGUCAGAAGAAACAUCUUCUGUGUUCUUAUGACUAGUGAAGAUUACCUGGAUGCUUUUGAGAAACUGCUGAGGAUGGGGCUGAAGGAUAAGCAGGAGAGAGAGAUCGUCCAUGUUCUAAUGGACUGUUGUCUGCAGGAAAAAACCUUUAACGCCUACUACGCCGUUCUCGGUGAAAAGUUCUGCUCCCACGACCGUCGCUUCCAGAUGACUUUUCAGUUCAGCCUGUGGGACAAGUUCAGGGAACUGUCCAGCCUUCCCAGCGGCACCUUCAACAACCUGGUCCAGCUGGUCACACACUUCCUGCAGGGAAAGAGCCUCUCGCUCUCCAUACUCAAAGUAAUAGAGUUUGGGGAACUCGAUAAGCCCACAGUGCGCUUCCUGCGUCAGGUGCUGAUCAAACUACUAAAAGACACUCAACCAGAGGACCUGGUGGGCAUUUUUGCAAGGAUCUCAGGAAUUCCCAAGCUAGGAAUGCUGCGAGAGGGCUUGAAGCUUUUCAUCAGCCAUUUCCUGCUGAAGAAUGCCCAGUCACAGGGACCAGCUGAGCAAGCAGCGCUGCUGUCGGAGCGCGCCCAGGUCGCCACCACGGCCAUGGAGGCCAAAGAGGCCAAGCUCAAACUGUAAAACACACGGCAGCAGACGUACUUUAAAACCAGAACUGUGGAACGUAAGAGGACUUGUUGGGAGUGAAAUGCAGCAUCUUAAUGUUUAUUUAAAAAAAGAAAAAAAUAUCUCUUGAUAUUGAAUCAGUGUCUUUGUACAUAUUUUUAUUCUUUUAAUCUGCUUUAAUUUGGGUACUAUUUUGGAAUAAAUUCCUGUAGAUGUAGUUUGUGUAAGUUUGAUAGCUUCAUAUCAAAUUUUACAUAUCUCACAGAGAAGUUGUUCACGGUGGUGCAUUAUGUUUUCGUAAAACGUUCUAAUUUUAAUGUUUGAAGUUUGUUUCACAUUAUUCACACAAGCUUUGGGGGAAGAUAUCACUAAAACAGCUUAAUAUAUCAAGUUUGUUUGCGGCGUCUGUCCUCAUGGAGGCAUAUUAACACAAGAGUUAAUAUCACACUGUUCAGACACCUUGAACCGCCUCUCUGGACUAUUUACAUCCUUUUUUUCCACCCUUCUGGUUCACAUUUGUAUGUAUUUAUCAUCCAAAUGUUGAUGUUGCCACUUUUCCACCUGCUGACAAUAGAGGGAUGCCGGCGUUGUUCAUUCACUGUUUACACAUCCUAAUGAAAUGACCCGGGGGCCUUUUCUGUUUGCUCACUGACAUCAGUAUCAGCCCCGCGUGGUUAGCAUAGCAGAGGCGUUCUGUUACAUUUGAUACUUGCUCCCAUUAAUUAGCUCCAUUGGUGUGGCCUGUGUCAGUCUAAGUCUGGAGCUGUGUCUGAGGUCAGGAAUGGGCCACCAAGGUCAGCCAGAGGAAAUGUCCUCACCGAGCUCGUGUCGCGUUGUGAACACAGAUAUGCUUCAGCGUCUCGAUGACAAAGAGAGCAUCCCUGCCUCAGCACAGGGACACGUGGACUGGAGGUGUUCUCGGUGAGAAAAUGGAGGAAACCUGUGAAAAAGUGGAGAUAGUGGCAUCAAUGGGCUCACUGUGCAGCCCAUACACUGGCCAUUGUCUGCAGCCGUGAGCCACACACUUGCCUCCAGCUUUACCUGCUGCUCUCUGGUUGGGCUUUGACCCUGGGCUGAACUUUGAUUUAGUCUGCUAAAGCAAACAGCUGGAGAUAAACCGGCAGAUCCUGCAGUAAUCCUGUUACAAAUGGCAUAUAAUCAGUCAACUCCCUGCUAUAGUUUAACGCUGAUGACGGCGGGAACUGCGAUAACAAGUGAGAAGUGUUUUUGUGCUCUGUGUUUUCUGGUGCAUAGUCUAAGUACAUGUGCAGGAGACUUAUUAAAUUGUAGCUCAGUCACACUGGGAGACAUCGCACAAUGUUAUCUUACAGUUUUAAAAUUAAGGAAAAGGUUUAAAGUCAGGCUGCAAUGAUUCAUCGGUUUACAAUUUAAACAAGCUUUCUUUAUUUUACAGUUGUGAAAUGUGAUUUUUUUUUUCCAGGUUUCUUUGCUGCCUAUGACGAAGAUAUCAUUAAAUCUGAAUCAUUUUGA